GCUCCUCUGGUUCAGCCUUCCUGCUGUUCUCUGCAAAGAGCAUCAAAGCCAAGGCAAGGAGGCAGCAGCAGCAGAAGCCGAGAUGAACACCAAGGGCAUGGCCAUAGUCUUGGCUCUGAUCAUCUGUGCGACAGCUGUGCAAGGCUUCGUUAUGUUCAAAGGGGGGCGCUGUCUUUGCAUAGGCCCUGGAGCAAAAGCAGUCAGAAAGGCAGACAUUGAGAGGGUUUCCGUAAUUCACCCCAGCAACGGCUGUGACAAGGUUGAAGUGAUCGUUACCCUGAAAGCACAGAAAGGACAGAGGUGCCUGGACCCCAGCUCAAAGCAAGCACGUCUUAUACGACAGAAAAUAGAAAAAAAUAGUUCUUUAAAGCACCGAAACAUGUGAAGUCCUGAAAAAAGAAAAAAAAAAGUGACUGGCAACCGGAAACCAGUGAAGUACAAACUGUGUGUCAGGAGCCUGACCCUCUCCUAUCUCGGAAUAUGCAUCCAUUUACCACCGGGUUCCAGAACCUUACAGGAGGUUUGAUAUGCCUAACUGUUCUGCUUGGCUAUGAAAACAUUUUCUCUCUUAGGAGUCACGUGCCCGUGUGUGUGCACAGCCGGCCUUACCUUCUACGGCUAUAAUGGACGCAUUGUUACUGGGGCCAGCCCCGCGCUGGGCUCAAAAGCAUCUAUGUGUAGUAAAACAUUCCUCCGAGAAUUUCUCAUGCAAAUAGACAUUCCUUUCCCCAAAUACAAGAGGGUGCAUAAACAUGUAAGAAAAUGUUUCCAUGUACCAUCUUGUUUGCUCGUUUUAAAAGAUGGGGUCAUUCGUGAGAUGUAAACAUUUCUGCACUGUGGGAGCUGGUAAGAACACUGAUCUUUUCUGAGUUAGUCAUGCAGUUUUCCCACUGAGGCGUUCUAAGAGGGUUGAGAUGUGUGUUUUCCUGUGCAUUUGGUUUUAUCUAUUUCAUCGGUGACAAUAUUUUAAAUGUAAGCUGCUCUUGCCCACCAAAUACAAAUGUUGAAAAAAAAAAUCUAUGCACAUCUUUCAAUCUGUUUUCUGUGAUUUUGCUUUUGAGAAAAACAUGUACUUUGUUCCUUUCCUUUGUCAUACUGUGAA